AUGAAUAUCCUAUCUAUUAAUCUCAGGGGUGACCGGGAUUCCCAGAAAUUAGAUUGGAUUCGAGGUAUAAAGACUAGUCAAGGAGUGCACUUUCUUUGUGUACAGGAAACGAAGAUCAGUAAUUCAGAAGGGUUCCUUUUUAAUCAGAUGUGGGGCAAAUCAGCGUUUAAGUUGGCAUCGGUAGAUUCGCAUGGGAGAUCAGGUGGAUUGGUCUCGUUGUGGAACCCUACCGUCUUCUCAGAAAUAGAAACGAUAAAACACAGGUAUUUUCUUUGUGUUUGUGGAUUUCUCAUUCCCUCUGGUAUUAGAUUGAAUUUGGUCAAUGUCUACGUUCCAAAUGACGCGUCAUGGAGGAAAGCAUUGCGGUCAGAACUGUUGCUUCUUAGGAAUUCACGUCAGGGGUUGUGGGUUUUUUGGGGGGAUUUUAAUGAUGCUCGAAAGCCAGAGGAACGGCUAAACUCGGAAUUUGUGGCAGCAAAUGUGGAGGCUUUUAAUGACUUUAUCCUUUCGGCUGCACUCUAUGAAUAUGACAUGGGAGGAGCAAAAUACACGUAUAUUUCGGAUAGAGGCGCCAAACUGAGCAAACUUGACCGGUUCCUAGAGUGCAUUAGGUUUCUAGAAAACUGA